UUCAACAUGAAUAAACUCAAGGGGGAUGAGCAAUCAAACAAUAAUGUUAUAGUUCGUCAAGUUUGGGCUUACAAUCUAGAGAAUGAGUUUCUUCUCAUUCGUGGAAUUCUACACGAAUUUCAUUUCAUUUCGAUGGAUACAGAGUUUCCAGGAGUAAUUUAUGAAUCUAAAGAGGACUCCACCGUACCUUAUCACCUUCGUCGCCGGGACCCUUUAAAUGAUUACAAUUACUUAAAGGCCAAUGUUGAUAAUCUUAAACUCAUUCAACUUGGCCUUACUUUAUCUGAUUCGGAAGGUAACCUCCCUGAUUUUGGAACCAAAAACAAGUAUAUAUGGGAAUUUAACUUUUCUGAUUUUGACAUUGAAAAUGAUCCACACAAUCAAGAUUCAACUGAUAUGUUAAGUCAUGGAGGCAUUGACUUCAAGCGCAAUUUCUAUUAUGGGGUGAAUUCACUACGUUUUUCUGAAUUGAUGAUCAGAUCGGGGCUUGUCUUCAACAAUUCGGUUAUUUGGGUCACAUUUCAUGGUGCAUAUGAUUUCGGCUAUUUAAUGAAGAUUUUAAUGCGAAGAAAUCUACCAAACACUUUGGAACGUUUUUUAUUUCAUUUGAAAGUAAUAUUUAGAAACAUCUAUGACUUGAAACACGUGGUACAUCAUUGCAAAGAUUUGUACGGCGGUCUCAAUAAAAUAGCUAAUACACUCGAUGUGAACCGGGUCGUUGGAAAAUCGCAUCAAGCCGGAUCAGAUAGCUUGUUGACAUUGCAUGUGUUCAUGAAAGUUAUUGAUAUUUAUUUUAUCAAUAAUAAAAUAAAAAUAAACAAACAUGUUGGAGUCUUAUUUGGCUUAGAAAUAAUAAAAGAAAAUAAUGUUAUAGUUCGUCAAGUUUGGGCUUACAAUCUAGAGAAUGAGUUUCUUCUCAUUCGUGGAAUUCUACACGAAUUUCAUUUCAUUUCGAUGGAUACAGAGUUUCCAGGAGUAAUUUAUGAAUCUAAAGAGGACUCCACCGUACCUUAUCACCUUCGUCGCCGGGACCCUUUAAAUGAUUACAAUUACUUAAAGGCCAAUGUUGAUAAUCUUAAACUCAUUCAACUUGGCCUUACUUUAUCUGAUUCGGAAGGUAACCUCCCUGAUUUUGGAACCAAAAACAAGUAUAUAUGGGAAUUUAACUUUUCUGAUUUUGACAUUGAAAAUGAUCCACACAAUCAAGAUUCAACUGAUAUGUUAAGUCAUGGAGGCAUUGACUUCAAGCGCAAUUUCUAUUAUGGGGUGAAUUCACUACGUUUUUCUGAAUUGAUGAUCAGAUCGGGGCUUGUCUUCAACAAUUCGGUUAUUUGGGUCACAUUUCAUGGUGCAUAUGAUUUCGGCUAUUUAAUGAAGAUUUUAAUGCGAAGAAAUCUACCAAACACUUUGGAACGUUUUUUAUUUCAUUUGAAAGUAAUAUUUAGAAACAUCUAUGACUUGAAACACGUGGUACAUCAUUGCAAAGAUUUGUACGGCGGUCUCAAUAAAAUAGCUAAUACACUCGAUGUGAACCGGGUCGUUGGAAAAUCGCAUCAAGCCGGAUCAGAUAGCUUGUUGACAUUGCAUGUGUUCAUGAAAGUUAUUGAUAUUUAUUUUAUCAAUAAUAAAAUAAAAAUAAACAAACAUGUUGGAGUCUUAUUUGGCUUAGAAAUGUAA